AUGCCUAGUCUAAACCCCUUCGCCCGUCGUCAUCACGACCCAGCAACACCUCUGCCCACCCAUCACCGGCGGAGCAGCGAUGACACGAAGGUCAACGAGCGCUGGCAUGCCCGAGAGACAUACACAAUGGACCGUCGACCGACCUUCAUGCAGUGGUUGAAGGUGACAUGGCUGGACAUCUUGACCAUGAUAGCCAUGGGAGCUACCGCUCUAGGCGUAUUCCGAGCGCACCCUCCGGCCCAUCGAAUGUUCCCGAUUACCUUCGAAGAUGGCGAGAUCGUAUACCCGCAGUUUGCAUACCCUCACAUUCCACAAUACAUCCCGAGCCACGCCGCAACGGCUCUGGGAGUCGGCGUCCCUAUCCUCGUUAUCCUGUUGUGCCAGAUUCGCAUUCGAUCAUUCUGGGAUAUCAACAAUGGAAUUAUCGGGCUGCUGUACGCACAGCUAGGGUCAGCCGUUUUCCAAGUCUUUAUCAAAUGGCUCAUUGGCGGCCUGCGACCCAACUUCCUGGACGUCUGCAAGCCCGACAUCAGCAAAGCCUCACAGCCAGGAGGCAAUGCCACCGGUCUGGAGGGCACCGGCUACGGCGGUCUCAUGUACACCUACGACAUUUGCACAACGGAAAUGGGCGGGUCUCUAUCCAAUGCACUGGAAUCUUUCCCCUCGGGCCACACGACGUCCAUGUUCUCUGGCAUGGUGUUCCUCUACCUGUACCUCAACGCCAAGCUAAAGGUCUUCUCUAACUACCACCCAUCCAUGUGGAAGCUCAUCCUGACCUACGCCCCGAUCCUUGGUGCCACCCUCGUGGGAGGCUCGUUGACGGUUGACCAGUCCCAUAACUGGUACGACAUCUUGGCGGGCGGACUGAUCGGUACGAUGUUCGCGUUUUCCUCAUACAGGAUGGUCUAUGCGUCGAUCUGGGACUGGCGUUUCAACCAUAUCCCCCUUCACCGCAAAAUGCCUCUCGAAUACGACCUCGACGCUUUUGGAGAUGGUGCUGUAGCGACUCGCAAGGCUGGAUGGGGCAGGAAGCGCGGAACCCGAACUGCUGGUACCGACAAGAUGACUAGGUCGCGGUACAGCACCAGCAGAGACGGCCGUGGUGUUGGUAUUCCCCGCAAGCCGGUAACAUCACACCACGGACACGACCGUCGUCCUUCUGCUGGUGAUAUGGUUUAA